GUUUCUCUCAUUUCAUUUUAGUUUAGUUUAACACUUGCACUCGAGCACUAUGGACUGUCGUAAAUAAAAACAGUUAUUAUUAAUAAUAAUAUCCUCUUUAUUUUUAAUAUUCAUCAAUAAGACACUUUUAUUGCCAGUUCUUUCUUCACUCUAUUAAUGAGUGAUUAUAAUAAUUAAUUAGUAAUUAAGUCAAUAACUAUUAUUUUGAUUUUUUUAUUCACAAAGAAAUCAACGGAUAUAAAUUACAUAUUUAAGAAAGCGUCUGUUAAUUUUUUUUUAAUCAUUAUUUUUACGGCGCAUAUUUUUAUUUUGGAGCUAAAAUGUCAGUGGUAAUAAACAGAGCUACGUCAAAGAUAUUCCAGAGAGGGAUUUAUCAAUAUUUAAUAGAUACUUCUAUUAAAAAAAAUAAUUCUGUUAUCAGUCACAUAAAAUUGAAUUCAACGAAUCAAUUUGUCAGCUAUAAAUUUUUUAGAUUACCACUAUGUCGCAUGGCUCACAGUAUGGUGCAAACAAAUUGGACAUCAAGUAAAGAUGAAAGUAGAGAAAUGAUGGCUCUCUGGCCUGACAUAGUACGAGAUCUCACAGAAGCUGGUCGUCAUCUUGAGAUUCCUGAUGCUACUAAAUGGAUGACUAAAGUAUUGCAGUACAACGUUCCAAACGGUAAGAAAAAUCGUGGAUUAGCUCUUGUUUACGCUUAUAGAAUGCUCGUGCCACGCGAUCAGCUGACAGAGGAAAAUAUAAGAUUAGCCAGGAUUUUAGGAUGGUCUACUGAAUUGCUCCAGGCAUUUUUACUAAUCGAAGAUGAUAUAAUGGACCACUCAGUAACACGUCGAGGUCAACCUUGCUGGUAUUUGAAUAAUAAUAUCGGGUUGAGUGCUAUCAAUGACGGUAUACUUUUGGAGCAAACAGUGUAUCAGUUACUACGCACGUAUUUUAAAAACCAUGAAUGUUAUUUGGACCUCAUAGAAACAUUCCAUGAUACGACCAUGAAAACUGUAAUGGGACAAACAUUGGACAUGUUAUCAACCGAAUUUGGUAAAAGACCGAACUUAAAUUUAUUUACAAUGAACCGCUACAACGCAAUUGUUAAAUAUAAAACAGCUUACUAUUCAUUUGUGAUGCCAAUAACAUUAGCAAUGCACUUUGCUGGAGUAGUAGAUCCAGAAAUGUACAGACAAGCCAAGACUAUUUUAUUAGAGAUGGGACACUUUUUCCAAGUCCAAGAUGACUAUCUAAAUAUUUAUGGGGAUCCGAGAAUAACUGGAAAACAAGGAUUAGACAUUAAAGAAGGAAAGUGUACGUGGCUAGCAGUCGUGGCUCUUCAACGCGUGACUCCCUCACAGCGUAAAAUCUUUGAAGAAUGUUACGGGAUUGAUGAUGAAGAGAAAGUAGCACAAAUAAAACAGUUGUAUGACGAUUUGGGGCUAUCAACAACUUAUGCUAUUUACGAGGAAGAAAGUUACAAUCUCAUGAAUACUCAUAUACAACAAAUAUCACGUGGUCUACCUCAUGAUUUAUUCUUUAAAAUACUGUCAAAGAUUUAUCGCAGGGAUGCUUAAUUUCCUACAUUUAAAAAUUUUAUCUUUUUAUAUAUUAUCAUAUAGAUUCCUUUACUCUAAACUUUCCUAAAAAAUAAAAAAAAAAAAAAAAAAAAAAAAAAUUUCUUUUUUACUUUUUACGAAAUAAUAUAAUGGUGUGAUAUGAAAAACUGUUUGUAAUAUGAAAAAAAAAUUUAUUUACAUUAAAAUUUUUUAAUUGGA